AUGUCAGUCCGUAUCUCUCUCUCUCUCUCUCUCUAUCUCUCUAUCUAUCUAUCUAUCUAUGUUUUUCACUUUUCCAGGGUUUUAGGCAUGUCUGUCUAUAUGUAUAUCUGUCUAUCUAUUUCAUUCCAUUCUUAUCACUCUCCCACACACACACACUCUAUCUCUAACUCUAUCUAUCUAUCUAUCUGUCUGUCUAUCUAUCUAUCUAUCUAUCUAUCUAUCUAUGCCAGAAUAGAAAGAAUGUUUUUUUCGAAUAAUAAUUCAUGUGACUGUCCAUGUCCAUCUGUCUGUCUGUCUCUCUGUCUAUCUAUCUAUCUAUCUAUCUAUCUUCAUAAUUGUCUGUUUACAUCUUUCUUUUUUAAUACAUCUUUUAAUUUGUCGACAUCUCUGAAACUCUGGUUACAUCUAUCUAUCUAUCUAUCUAUCUAUCUAUCUAUCUAUCUAUCUUAUGUCAGUCUGGAUAUCUCUCUAUCUAUCUCUGUCUCUGUCUGUCUGUCUCUCUCUCUCUCUCUCGCUCUCUCUCUCUCUCGCUCUCUCUCUCUCUCUCUCUCUAUCUAUCUAUCUACCUAUCUAUCUCCUCUCUCUAUCUCCCACCUUCUCUCUCUAUUCUUGCGCCAUUCCAUUAAGAUCUUUCUAAUUCUGCCCAUUCACCUUACACUUUGGUUUCAUCUAUCUAUCUAUCUAUCUAUCUAUCUAUCUAUCUAUCUAUCUAUCUAUCUAUCUAUCUACUUCUUGUUUUUCACAUAUAUUUAUGUAUCUCUCUCUACACAUCUAUCCAUAUAUCUAUUACAGUCAUCUAUCUAUCUAUCUAUCUAUCUAUCUAUCUAUCUAUCUAUCUAUCUACUUCUUGUCUCUUGA